AUGCCGUCGAAUGCGAGACCAGCCGCUGGCGACAGCGCCCAACUGCCCUCCUUCUACUCCCCCCGAACCGCUGCCGCCGACACUCCCCAGAGCCGUGAUGGCCAGCCCAUCGACGAGCUGUCGCUGCCGCCCAGUCAUGCCAGCCCCUCGCCGGCGACGCAGCCGCCCCCGCCAUCGCUGCUGUCGCCCGCCUUCACCCCUCCGGCCACCCCGGGAAACCAGACGCCAACAACUGCUGGACUGCGAGGAAUACCGGUCGACAGCUCUAUUCCGUCCGGUGGAUGCGGCAGCAAGAAGCCCAGAUUACUAGAAACGCUGCCCGAGGUCAAUUGCGUUGUUCGGGCCCGCAUCCCCACCGUCAGCGGCACCGAGAUGUUCCUCCACCUGUAUACCAACAAUGUCGACAACAAGGAGCAUCUGGCCAUUGUUUUUGGCAAUGACAUCCGGAGCAAGUCGCUGGAUGAACCCCGCGAGGGAGAGACCGAAAUGGACCGCAUGAUUCGAGGUGCCUACACAGGUCGGCUGUUCCCAGGCCGGACAACGAGUGGCAUGGGCGGUCCUUCGUCCGAGUCUCAGCAGGAGCAAAGCCAUCGCCAGGACCCGCCAUUGGUGCGGAUACACUCAGAAUGCUACACUGGAGAGACUGCGUGGUCGGCGCGAUGCGACUGCGGCGAACAGCUUGACGAGGCUGCUCGGCUAAUGGCUCUACCGGGCAACAAGGCUGGCGGUAUCAUCAUUUAUCUGCGGCAAGAGGGCCGCGGUAUUGGGCUUGGCGAGAAACUGAAGGCUUAUAACUUGCAAGACCUUGGAUCCGAUACAGUGGAAGCGAAUCUGCUGCUGCGACACCCGGCCGAUGCUCGAAGCUACGGGCUGGCUACUGCCAUGCUCAUGGACCUGGGACAGACAGAUGUGCGCCUGCUGACCAAUAACCCCGACAAGGUCCGUGCCAUUGAGGGCCCGAAUCGAGAGAUUGUCGUCAAGGAGCGAGUUGCCAUGGUGCCCUUGUCAUGGAAAGGCAAGGGUGGCUUCAGAAGCCAAGAAGUAGAGGGCUACUUGAAGACAAAGAUCGAAAAGAUGGGCCAUAUGCUGGACAUGGGAUCAUUUCCUCAAUAA